UCCAAGUACGUGGUCUUCACAUGCUAUUACUGGUAGCCCCCAAUCUUCAGGGAGGAGGGAAAUCGCAGUGUAUUGAGGCUGUUACUGAAACCCUAAGCUCAAUUUCUUUAUCGUCUUCUACUUCAGCUUCUCUUGAAGAAAGACUGUUAGGGUUUAUAUUCGCACAUCAACACUUGUCAUUUUUAUAUUAUCAAUCCCUCAAUCAAUUCAACCGCCAGUUCGAUCUAUAUUAAUUUGGUUUGUCUUUGUAAAUUUUGACGGAAGAUUGGAAGAUUGUUGAGAGGAGGUGUUUUUCUUGGUAUUUUUUAAACGACAACAGUCACAUGGCUGGAAAAGAAGUUCGAGAAUACACCAAUCUCUCCGAUCCUAAAGAUAAGAAAUGGGGGAAAGGGAAGGAUAGAAUAGACGAUGAAGACAUCACUUUCCAACGCAUGGUAGCCAAGAUGCAAGAGGUUGCUGGAGAACGUGGAGGCUACCUGCAUGGACGAGGCGCCUUGGACAGCGAUGAUCUGCUCUAUCUCAAAGAGCAGAUGGAAGCUGAGGAGGAUGCAGAGCGCCUUCUACGACGUACUGAGAAACGGGCAUUUGCCGCAUUUAAAAAAGCCGCAAACAGAGCUGAUUCAUCACCUGUAUCAGUUCCCCUGCCUCUUCGUGUUGAGCCAAAGCCAAAGAGUGGGAUUAGGCAACAAGAUUUAUUGAAAAAGAUGGUGGAAGUUAAACCCAAGCGCCAGAGGGUUUCAAGCCCUUCUUCUGGGAAUCAGUCCAUCCCGGUUUCUAGUGGAAGCGCUCUCACAAAUCAUAAGUCUGAGCUUAAUCAGGAGAAGGAGAAAGAAUGUUCUCAAUCAAGGUCAAACAAACCAGAAGAUGAAGCCAAGGCAGAAAAUCCUGUUAAAAGCUUACUAGUAGCAUACGGUAGUUCUGAUAGUGAAGAAGAUUGAUUGUAAAAUAUGGGGGAAUGUACUGGUGCACUGCAUAUAUUUUGAUAAUUUUAGUAUGCUUGCAUCCCCCAAGUAGUGGUGUGAAUGUUUUGUUGUAAAAAUCCAAAUGUUACAAAUGACAAUCCAGUUUUUGAAGCAUAUUUAUAUUAUUGCAUUAACAGCAUGGAUCAAUUGUACCA